AUGGAGCAAGGCCCCCAGCCUACCCAACAAACGACAAAUCCUGCCUCCACGGAAGCGGAUCCGCCUCUUCCGAAAUGGGUCAUCGACGAGGAUGACUAUACGAACGUCGAAGAUUUUGUAUCUAGUUAUCAAGAGGAUGGAUUAAAGUUGGAACAACUCCCAAAACUCGUGUUUAAAAAUCGUUGCCUUGAGACAACGUAUAGGAGUUACGCAGAAUUCCUAGGGCGCGUUCGAGAAAAGAAGAGUAACCCGGUCUGGCAGUGGGUCUGGCUAGCUUGGCUCCAAGAACCAAGUUUGGAGGUUACGUACGACAUUCUCGACGAAUGGCUUCGUUCUCUUCCUGAAUGCCCUUCUAUGUGUAAUGCUGUCUCUAAUUUCGUUACCGAUAUUUGUAAAGAGGUUAAACCAGUGGGAUUCGAGGACCUUGGUUUGGAUUUGAAAGUCAAUUACCUCAAAUGGGUGAUCUCAAACUACGAAUUACUUAGACAAUAUCGGAAGAGUAAUCAUACUUUGGGAAUUGCUUAUCUCGGGGCGAUUAGCCAAAAGAUUCCAAUUUUGUUCAGCCAGUAUGACUUAGACACUAUCACGAAGCGGGCCCCACCUUCAGGUCAAAUAGAUUCUGAUGGAUUUGUCGGCACAGAGCUAUGGGACUGGGCUACAGCGAUUUUUAGAGCCUACCCCGCGAACCCUAAUACUUCAACUGGCUCUCAUAGUUUCGACGCAAUAAGGGGGGCCUUGUCAACGUGGUUUGGUUUGUUGGGAAGCUGGCGUAAGGCUGAAGUGGGUUCCCGGGUGCUGAAAGAACCCAGGUCAAAAGAUGAACUAAAGGCGAUCGAUACCGAAAUGAAGAGACUAAUUACAGCUAUAUCGGCGGAGGAUAGAAAUAUUUUUUUAGAAAAUAAGUUACCAAAUGAAGCGCCUGGAAUGGGGACAAACCAACCCUCCACGCCUGAUAUCGAAGAGUCUGAGGAAUCGGAUGAGGGCCAGGCCGAAACACCUGGAGGUGAGGGCGAAAGUACAGAGACCGAAACAGGCCUGAACCACAGCAGAUACAAGGAGAUUGGGGAUAUUUUAGAAAACAAUGCUAUACCUGGCCGGGAAAAGAGAAUGAUAUCCCUCGAAGGCUUGAGCAUUGAUGUGUCUAGAGCUACUCUAGCAGAGAAGAUUGUGAAUGGUGAGGUAGUGUUUGAGGUGGAGACUGAUAUACAAGAAAAAGACGCAGGUUUUCUCCCUGUAGCAUGGCGGAAACAGGGCUUUGGGAUCCAAAUCCUUAUCGAGAUCGGGCCCCCGCAUAGCCGGAUCUAUCGCCUUUUUCCAAAAAGCCAGGUACCAUUGGCGAUAAACCUUAAAGAAUAUCCAGAUCUAGGGGACAAAGGGGGCCGGAAGGCCGGUAGUGUGGAGGUACGAAAUGGCUCGCUACAGGUUGGGUUUUUGAUUGGGGUGGCCCACAGCAAAGAACUUGGAGAGAUCGAGAGCAAACAACAGUUCUUUGUUCACGUUCUUUGGAACGAUAACAGUAGGUCAUGGGAAUUAGCGACUGGUCUUUACGGGAUUAGUUACAAAGGGAAAAAGGGUCGCAUGUGGUGGCGGACUAUUAUUCACGACCUGGUACGGGCGGCAGAGCGCAGGCUUAUAAAAUACUCACGUGAGGGGAUUUUUAAGGUAAAGGUUGAACCUAAUGAUGAUAAUAAUAUGGAAAAUUGA